AGCAGCGGUGCGUUGGGGAGAGCGUCUCCCGCGUCUGGACUAGUGUCCAGAUCUCUGACACUGGAGUCACUCACUGUCCAGAAACCGUCCCUUUCGGUCGUCGCUCGGGCCGCCCGCCGUUACCCCGCCUCAAGGGGCCUGGCUGGUCGCGGCGGGGGAAGAGGUCAGCAUGACCCGGGGGGUCCUCUGGGCAGGCGCUGGGCCGGGGGCGGCGGUGGCCUCUGUGCAGCUGCUAAUCGCCCUGAGCUUACUUCCGGGCGUAGUCCAGGCCCAGGUCACUGGAGUCUUAGAUGACUGCUUGUGUGAUAUUGACAGCAUUGAUAAAUUCAACACCUACAAAAUCUUCCCCAAAAUAAAAAAAUUACAAGAGCGAGACUAUUUCCGUUAUUACAAGGUUAAUCUAAAGCGACCAUGUCCUUUCUGGGCAGAUGAUGGCCAUUGUUCAAUAAAAGACUGUCAUGUGGAACCCUGUCCAGAGAGUAAAAUACCAGUUGGAAUUAAAGCUGGAAGUUCUAAUAAGUACUUGAAAAUGGCAAACAAUACCAAAGAAUUAGAAGACUGUGAGCAAGCUAAUAAACUAGGAGCAAUUAACAGCACAUUAAGUAAUCAAAGCAAAGAAGCUUUCAUUGACUGGGCAAGAUAUGAUGAUUCACAGGAUCACUUUUGUGAACUUGAUGACGAGAGAUCUCCAACUGCUCAACAUGUAGACCUAUUGCUGAACCCAGAGCGUUACACUGGAUAUAAAGGGCCCUCUGCAUGGAGAGUGUGGAACAGCAUCUAUGAGGAAAACUGUUUCAAGCCUCGAUCUGUUUAUCGUCCUUUAAAUCCUCUGGCACCCAGCCGAGGAGAAGAUGAUGGAGAAUCAUUCUACACAUGGUUAGAAGGUUUAUGUUUGGAGAAAAGAGUCUUUUAUAAGCUUAUAUCGGGACUUCAUGCUAGUAUCAAUUUACAUCUGUGUGCAAAUUAUCUUUUGGAAGAAACCUGGGGUAAACCUAGUUGGGGACCCAAUAUCAAAGAAUUUAAACGCCGUUUUGACCCUGUGGAAACCAAGGGGGAAGGUCCAAGAAGGCUAAAGAAUCUGUACUUUUUAUACUUGAUUGAACUUCGAGCUUUAUCAAAGGUGGCCCCAUAUUUUGAGCGCACAGUCAUUGAUCUUUAUACUGGAAAUGUAGAAGAAGAUGCUGACACAAAAACCCUUCUACUCAGUAUCUUUCAAGAUACAAAGUCCUUUACCAUGCACUUCGAUGAGAAAUCUAUGUUUGCAGGUGACAAAAAGGGAGCCAAGUCAUUAAAGGAAGAAUUCCGGUUGCAUUUCAAGAAUAUCUCUCAUAUAAUGGACUGUGUUGGAUGUGACAAAUGCAGACUAUGGGGGAAAUUACAGACUCAGGGUUUAGGAGCUGCUCUGAAAAUAUUAUUCUCUGAAAAAGAAAUUCAAAAGCUUCCAGAAAAUAGCCCAUCUAAAGGCUUCCAACUCACUCGACAGGAAAUAGUUGCUCUUUUAAAUGCUUUUGGAAGGCUUUCCACAAGUAUAAGAGAAUUACAGAAUUUUAAAGUCUUAUUACAGCACAGUAGGUAAUAAAGACUUUUUCAUGUCUCUUUAGAGACAUAAAGGGACUAUGGCAAGCCUUCUAGUCUUGGACCUUCAGCAGAUUUGAGAAGAAUUUUGAACUCUUUAAAGAGAAAAUGCAGAUGUUCACUUGAAUAUUUAUGAUCCAUGAUAGAUUAUUAUCAAUUGGAGAUAUUUAGAAAUGAAAAAUAUACUUUUAAA